GUGAGCUCCAACCAUUCGGGCGUAGCUGGAAUAGCCUCUUAGGUAGGGAAAAAAAAUCCAUGGCUCUAACAUGCAAUAGGGAGUUCAACUCAGCUCAAAAAAAGAAAUCUGUACAUCACAUGCAAAAGAUUGACAGAUUUUCUUUAUUGCGUAGAUGAAUUUAUGAGUGUUAAUAACGCGGAUUUCUCAUCUUGCGAUUUGGGGUCAAUAUUUUAAUUGUAUUAAACAACGCCUGUAAACCCUUCAGACCCGAACGCAUAGCUCCUUUGAUUUAAGCUGGGUGGAUGGUCAUAAUAUAACACUAAUAAAUACAAAUGUUUUAUACUUAGAUAACGCUGCUUGUUUAAUGUAAAUGGUGAAUCACAUAGCAGCUUUUUACGAGAUAAAAGGAAUAAUAAAGGAACCCAAAGACAGCUUAACUGGCCAAAUUAUCAUAUUUUAAGCAUGAACAGGGUGGCCAUUGCUAUAAAAGUGAAACUAAAAUAUUCUAGUUCGCUUGUGGAAGCGAGACUAACUUUUCGAUAGAGUAGACAUUUCUUUGGGUACUUAAGUGCUGUUUCAAGCAUAAGUGUAUAAUCUAUAUUUCAAGCUAUUUGUUGAAAUGUUGUAAAUAAAUAUGGCCGCGAGUCAUUCAAUAAUGAUGUAAACUUUUGUUUACUGUUUUUAAAUUAUUUUGAGAAAUGAUAAGUGAUUUUGAAAAUCUAUCCCUUAGUGGAAGCAAUGGUCCCAAUAAUCAUACUGAUCCAUUUACUCAUACGGAGCUGACAGCUGAACAGCAGAAGACUUUGAUUGAUAUACGACGUAGGAAAACAGAGUUACUGCUAGAAAUACAGCAACUUAAAGAUGAACUCGGCGAAGUGGUGGCCGAGCUGGAAGCCCUUGAUGGGCAGGAGGAGUGUAAGCAGAAUAGUAAAGCCAAACAGAUGAGCAUAGGAAGGAAGAAAUUUAAUAUGGAUCCAAAGAAAGGUAUCGAAUACCUUUAUGAAAAUGGUCUACUGCAGAGGACGCCGGAGGACGUGGCGCAGUUCCUUCACAAAGGCGAGGGACUGAGCAAAACCGCGAUAGGCGACUACCUCGGUGAACGAUCGGAAUUCAACGAGGCGGUACUAAAAGCCUUUGUCGAUCUCCAUGACUUCACUGAUUUAAUACUCGUGCAGGCUCUCAGACAAUUCCUAUGGAGUUUUCGAUUGCCCGGCGAGGCUCAGAAGAUAGAUCGGAUGAUGGAAUGCUUUGCCCAGAGAUACUGCCAGUUGAACCCCGAUAUCUUCACGAACGCGGACACGUGCUACGUUCUUAGUUUCGCCAUAAUAAUGCUGAACACGUCGCUGCACAAUCCGAGUGUUAAAGACAAACCGACACCUGAACAAUUCGUCGCGAUGAACCGGGGCAUCAAUAACGGGGGUGAUCUGCCGCAGGAGUUGCUCUUGUCAUUGUACGAGUCUAUAAAGACAGAGCCCUUUAAGAUACCCGAGGACGACGGAAACGAUCUCAUGCACACAUUCUUCAAUCCCGACAAAGAAGGCUGGCUGUGGAAGCAAGGCGGCAGAUACAAAUCGUGGAAGAGACGGUGGUUUAUACUGAACGACAACUGCCUGUAUUACUUCGAGUACACGACCGACAAGGAGCCGAGGGGGAUUAUUCCAUUAGAAAAUAUAUCUGUUCGUCCAGCCAGCGAUAGACAGCGACCACAUUGUCUAGAGCUAUACGCGAGCGGAGGGGCUGAUCUCAUCAAGGCGUGCAAGACCGACUCUGAGGGAAAAGUCGUCGAAGGAAAACAUACUGUCUACAGAAUGUCAGCGGCAACAGUGGAAGAGCGUGAUGAAUGGAUAGAGUGCUUGCGUCGUUCAAUAAGUCACAAUCCAUUUUACGACAUGUUGGCGCAGAGGAAGAAGAAGGCGCAACACAGCGGACACUCCGGCUCACACUAAAUUAUCCGAAACACUAUUGAUUAAAAUAAGAAUAGAAUUACCUUGUCGAUGAUGUGGAACUAUGAAAUGUCUGAAGCAAAAUAGUAAUACGCUUCCGAUUGAAGGGUUAGUCAGCUGAUUGAUUGAUUUGUUACUGGUGGUAGGACCUCUUGUGAGUCCGCACCGGUAGGUACCACCACCCUGCUUAUUUCUGCCGUGAAGCAGUAAUGCGUUUCGGUUUGAAGGGCAGGGCAGCCAUUGUAACUAUACUUGAAACCUUAGAACUUAUCUCGAGGUGGGUGGCGCAUUUACGUUGUAGAUGUCUAUGAGCUCCAGUAACCACUUAACACCAGGUGGGCUGUGAGCUCGUACACCCAUCUAAGCAAUAAAAAAAAAUGAUACCCUGUUCUAGUGAGAUAACUCACGUUUUGAGAUCGGUUGCGUAAUGCACGUCGUGAUGUCCUCGGGCACCGGCAACCAUUUAACACACGGCCUUAUUUUCAUAAGUAGGGUUGGCAAAAACGAUUUGCUGUUUAACUGGAACUGUUUUUUUUUUUAAUUCUCUUGUAUUUGCUAUUGAGAUUUUUUAAUAAUUUCCACCUAUAGUAGUUGGCCAAUAUUCCGAGAGAUCAGAUCAGAUUCGUAAGAUAAACGUGUCAAUCAACAAUUUGAUGUUUAGCCUUGUGUAUAAUGGGAUCGGGAAAAUUGACUAUAUGAAGUACUGUGUGGGUGAUCUGUAAGUGUCAUAAAGUACAGAGUAAAAGACAUGUGAAUGACGUAUUAAGAGAACAAUUUAAAUUUCACGUUUCAGUGAUUAACUGAGAAGCUUCUUGAAAUAGAUUUUGGCUUGCCAACGUGGUGCCAGUCAAAUAUAUGAUACUACUACUAUAACUGAAAUCAUUUAGAAGAAAUAUUUAAAAAUACAAUUUAAAUAAUCAGAUGUCAGAUUCUGCGUCUCGUGUGUCUCGUGAAUGUAGUCAUCUCGUUGUUUAUCAUGCAAAUCAAAUCAAAUAAUGUAAAUCGCUGUGUGUAAAGAGAACAUUCUAAAAGGCGAAACGAGAAUGAACUAUUAUGGAUGUGUAUGGUUGUCGUUUUAAUAUCGAUUUUAUCGUUUUAAUAUCGAUCGAUUUUAAUAAAAUCGAUAAGUUAAAUUCUCUUAAUUGGCAGUUAGCUGGUAACCGUCCCACGAGAUAGGAAAUUGAAUUAUUUUACGAAGAGGUUGUCUGUGGGUAGAGGUUAUUCGUUGAAGUACUUGCGUUAUCCGUGACAGCUUUAUAAUAUGAAAUCGAGUCGUGAUUAGCUGAACGCUAGCUGGCUUGAAUGGUUUAGCAGCUAACUAGUGGCAUCUAUGAUUCGUAUGAAAGAUGAGAAGUGAGAAGUAGCAUAUAGAAGUGGUCCAGAAAAUGUAUAGUAGCGUAGUGAAUGACGAUUUUUUUUUUUGUUUGAAAUAUUUGUUUUGCGGAAUAAAGAAAACUGGACCGUAGCCUAUUAGACGAAACGUCCAUAUUCGUACUGAUCGUAGAGAAUAGUAUACUCCAAUAAUUGUGAUAUUUUAAAAUCAUUGGUGACGGACAAUCGUAUGUACACUUUUACAAAGAGCUCGAGCAGACGUUGCUGCCGCGGCGCUGUCGGUAAUAAUUUCGUUUUGUACGCUGUACAUUGCUGGGAAGCCAAACAGGCAAAUUUCGAAUUUAAUUACAAAAUUGUAGAUUUUCAAAGAAUUUAUGGGAUUCAUUAAAAUGCUCUUCUUACAACCAAUAACUUGAACAUACAUCUUACAUCUUGUAUUUAUUGAACAAUUGUAUUGAAUUUUUACUUUACUUGUUAUUGGCGGUAGGACGUCUUGUGAGUUCGCGCGGGUAGGUACCACCGCCCUACUUCUGCCGUGAAGCAGUAACGCGUUACGGCAGAAAAGUAGGUUGAAGGGUAGGGCAGCCGUUGUAACGAUACUGAGAACUUAGAACUCAUAUCUUAAAGUGGGCGGCAUUGACGUUGUAGUUGUAGAUGUCUAUGGGCUCCAGUUACCACUUAACACCAGAUGGGCCGUGAGCUCGUCCACGCAUCUAAGCAAUACGUUGCACUGGACAAUCAGUAUGCUCAUUCUUAUUUUUAUUUGUUAAAUUCGAUUUUCGUCAAGUCACGGGUAUUGUUUGCGGCCAGCAAUGUAUGCGAAAUGUAUGACGUGAGAAUAUGCAAAAAUCAUGUGACGAAUAUAGCGGCGGCGGUACCGUCUACACGAGUCUCUAUAGUUUCAUGAAAAUCGAACGUACCGUAUAGACAUUGUCCUCGUGUAUAAACGAAUGUAAGACUGAUAAUGAAAACGUUACGUACGUUUUUUUUUGUUGUCUUUGUUGAAUCGUAAUGGAAUUCGUUAAUAUACAAAUUGUUUUAAAUGUCAUGUUGUCGCUUUGUUUCCGUAAUAAGCUGUAUUAUCAGUGUUUGCCGGUAAAAAUUUUGUUAAUUUUAAUAUUUUGUUUUUGUAAUCCGUACAUGGUUUAUCGUGUGUUUGUUACAUUAUUGCUUUGACAAUGAUUCUCAUACUGUACUUUUAAAAGCUGAAACAUAUAGAAUUUGUUUUUUUUGGCUGAAUAGUAAAUUCAUUGUAGGAAAGGUAUUGAAGAAAAGUAUUAAUUUAAAUUAAUUUUAUAUGUAUCGUAAAAGGCAAUUGUGUGCGUACAUGAAUGAAUAGUGUAAUAGCCCGUAAUUUUAUUAGCAAAUACGUUAGCUGUUGUAAGUUUAUAAAUGUGUAAAUAUUGCGUUUGAAAGAUGAAAUUGAAUUUCGAAGUGAUAUUUCGGUAUGUAUAUUUCAACAAUAAUUUUGUAAGGAAUCUGGCUCAUAUAUAAUAAUAUAUUCAAUCGAUCAGUCGUUAAGUUAUUCUUUCAUUACUCUCUUUUACCACUCUAGUUAAAAAUAAUAAACGAAAUGUCAGUGGGUGUACUGUAAUCUUAACUUUAUCUACUUCGCAAUAAGUGCUCAUUUUACAUGCUCUACAUCUUGCAUAUAACUUUUUAUAAUAAUAAAUUUAAAUAAACUAAAAUUUUAUAGAAAGGUAAAUAUAUUUUGAACCACUAGUAUUUUGUUUGAAUGGUUAUUAAUUUUAUUAGUAAGAUAUGCAGGUCUGUUAUUAAUUUACAAAUUGUGUUUAAAUUUUGAAUGAUGGUAACACAUUCUCAGUGUUGCCAUGACCAAAAGGGUUUUGACAUGCGAAAAUCGUUUUAUAAUUUACGCCACCCUAAGUUUACAGAACUGUGCCUAAUAUUGAUCUGUAAUUAGUUUUAAAUUUAAUUUUAGUGCCUCUAUUAUUUUAAAUGCGCUGUAAAACUGCUUCGAGAAUGUUAAUUUAUCUCAAUUGUAUAAUGUUUUUAUAUUAUUAUGAUCAUAAUAUGUGCAUAGUGAUGGUGUUGUAAAUAAUUUUGUAAGAAAAUGAGAAUAUACAUAAAUAUCUUUA